AUGAUUAAAUUUAUUAUUCUGUCAUUCUCUCUCUUAGAAGUACUAAGCAAAACAAAGGAUGAAUGGAAAACAAGAACAGUUUACCAAUUGCUCACUGAUCGAUUUGCAACCAGUACUGGCAAAUCAAGUUCAUGUAAUUUGAGUAAAUAUUGUGGAGGAGAUUAUAAAGGAAUAAUCAAUAAUCUGGAUUACAUAACAAACAUGGGAUUUGAUGCUAUUUGGAUUUCCCCUGUAAAUGACAAUUAUGAUAACGGUUAUCAUGGAUAUUGGUAUAGAAAUAUGUAUGACGUCAAUAAAAACUUUGGAACUGCAUAGGAUCUGAAAAAUUUAGUUACUGCUUGUCAUAACAAAGGAGUAUGGGUAAUGGUAGAUGUCGUAGCUAACCAUAUGGGCAACACUAAUUAAGACUAUAAAUAAAAUUAUCCAUUCAAUUCAUCAGCUCAUUAUCAUGACUAUUGUAUAAUAAGUGAUAAUGAUUUCAACACUCACAAUUUAGCAAAUAUUUAGAAAUGCAGAUUGGCAGGUUUGGCUGAUUUGAAUUAGGACAAUUCAUUUGUAUCAAGUGAACUAAUUAAUUGGAUAAAAUGGCUAAUAAAUGAAUAUUAAUUUGAUGGAAUUAGAAUUGAUACUGUAAUGAUGGUAAAGACUGAUUUUUGGACCAAAUUUACUAAUGCAGCAGGAGUUUAUUCUGUAGGAGAAGUAUUUGAUGGAGACAUGGGUUUCUUAAAAUAAUUUAUAGGCCCCAUAAAUGGACUACUAAAUUAUCCUUUGUUCUACACAUUAAGAGAUGUAUUCUUACACAAUAAGGGAAUGAAUACACUUGAAAGUUUCUUCAACAAUAUUGCAAGUUCAUUUGGUAAAGCUAAUCUACCUUAUAUGGGCAAUUUUAAUGAUAAUCAUGAUAAUGCUAGGUUCUUGAAUGAUGCAGUUACAGAAAAUUCAAAUUUCACCGUGACUGCACUAAAGAAGCUUCAAUUUAAAGCUAUCACUGCAUUUACUCUCACUUCAGUUGGUAUCCCAAUGAUAUACUAUGGAUCUGAAUAAUAUUAUGCAGGGGGCAAUGAUCCAAAUAAUAGAGAAGUUUUAUGGAAUCAUUUAGAUUAAACAUCUGAGAUGUAUAAGUUUAUCAAAACAAUUAAUGAAGCUAGAAAAACUACAAAAGCUGCUUCUUAAGAUUAAAUUUAAAGAUAUGCAGAUGCUGAUGUAUACGCAUUUACAAGGGGAACAUUGUUUGCUGCCUUUUCGAAUAAAUAUGAUAAGUAAGUUGUCAAAUCUAUUACAUAUCAUCCUUAUGCUGAAGGAACAACUCUUUGCAACAUCUUUUAUACUACGGACUGUGUGAAAGUGGCCAGUGGGGCAUUUCCUUUAUAUUUAAAUUAUGGAGAAGUUAAGAUCUUCAUUCCAAAAUGA